AUGUUCCGGCUUUUGUUCUCCUGCUGCUCUUGGCUAAAGACAACAGAAGAGACACGAAGGAAUGUGACCAUCCCUAUCAUUGGCUUGAACAACUCAGGCAAAACUGUUCUUGUGGAGACAUUCCAAAAAUUACUUCCCAGUAAGACAGACCAUUGUAUGAAAUCGGAACUGACUACACUUCUGUUAGAUGAGUAUGAACUUUCCAUCUAUGACCUAAAUGGAGACCUGAAGAGCCGGGAAGCAUGGCCAAACUACUAUGCACAGGCCCACGGGCCUGUUUUCGUCCUGGAUUCCAGUGACAUAAGACGCAUGCAGGAAGUGAAGAUCAUCUUAACACAUCUGCUGUCUGAUAAAAGAGUGGCAGGGAAACCCAUCUUACUCUUAGCAAACAAACAAGACAAGAAGAAAGCCCUCAUGCCUUGUGAUAUUAUUGACUAUCUACUUCUAAAGAAGCUAGUGAAAGAGAAUAAGUGCCCAUGCCGAGUGGAGCCAUGUUCGGCCAUCAGAAACCUUGAGAGAAGAAACCAUCAGCCCAUAGUUGAAGGACUGUGCUGGCUAUUAGCUGUCAUUGAUACUUGCCAACUACCACCUACCUCGAGCAUCUCAAUCUCCAAGAAUAACACAGGCUCUGGAGAAAGAUGCUCAUCACACAGCUUCUCCACCAGAACAGGAAUGUCAAAGGAGAAAAGACAGCAUCUAGAACAAUGCUCAAUCGAAGCUAAGCCUCUAAAGUCAAUCCUACAGCCAUCAAAUCAAUCCUAUACUCACUGA